CCGCAAGGAGCAUGCACAGCGCGAUAAGCACGGGUCACGCCUCUGUAACUGAAAGCACGGUAGGUACGUGCGGAAUAACACGGUAAUCUGGACGCGUGUCCGCUGUAAGGGGCUGCGCGACCUCCUGGCCGGGUAUUCGGGUUCUGUGGAGCUGGAGAGAUGGCCUCGCUGGUUCUGUGCUCUGUGGGCCGGGCGCUGCGCCCCGCGGGCAGGCUGGGUAAUGCCUGUAAACUGGACCUGCAGGCGGUUCCGUGGAGGACGCGGACCGGCAGCACCAGGCACAUGUCAUCCGGGAGAGUCGCCGCCGGAACAGCUGGGAAGAGGCUGAUCUGGGCCACCGGUGGAGCGGCAGCGCUGGCGGGAGCUGCGGUGGCCGGGUUUAAUCAUCUUCAGCAGGCUGAGAUGGCCACCAGGACCGAGCUGGUAAAGGACGAGGAGGGAAACGUGGCGGAGCGGUGUAAGAAGUUCAUGUCUCCGCCGAUCACCCCCAUGGAGGUGCUGGAGAAGAGGAAAGAAGAGAUCAGCUCCAGGAUGGAGAUGCUGAUCAUGCAGACCCAGGCUGAGUUCUGCCGGGCGCUGGAGGAGGUGGACGGUGGGAAGUUCAAAGUGGAUCGCUGGAGCCUAGCAGAAGGUGGUGGUGGUAUCAGCUGUGUGAUGCAGGACAGUAACGUGUUUGAGAAGGCCGGCGUGAACGUGUCGGUGGUGCACGGAUACCUUACUGAGGAAGCAGCGAAGCAGAUGCGCAGCCGCGGAAAAGUGCUGAAAGGGAAAGAUGGGAAGCUGCCAUUCAUCGCCAUGGGCGUGAGCUCCGUCAUCCACCCCAAAAACCCCCACAUUCCCACAGUGCACUUCAACUACAGAUACUUCGAGAUCGAGGAGGAGGACGGUUCUAAGCAGUGGUGGUUUGGAGGAGGAACUGAUCUGACCCCCGUCUAUAUUGAUAAGGAGGAUGGAGCUCUGUUCCACAACGUCCUGCGAGAAGCGUGCGAUAAACACCAUCCCAAAUACUACCCUGACUUCAAGAAGUGGUGUGACCGGUACUUCUACAUCCGUCACCGUGGAGAGACGCGGGGGAUCGGUGGGAUCUUCUUUGAUGAUCUGGACUCUCCGAGUCAGGAGGAGGUGUUUAAGUUUGUGAAGAGCUGUGCUAAAACCGUGGUGCCCUGCUACCUGCCCAUCGUCCACAAACACCUCAAAGACUCCUUCACCCAGGAGGAGAAAGACUGGCAGCAGGUCCGACGCGGCAGGUAUGUGGAGUUUAACCUGGUGUAUGAUCGUGGUGUGAAGUUCGGUCUGGCUACUCCAGGGUCCAGAAUAGAGAGCAUCCUCAUGUCUCUACCACUUACAGCAAGGUGGGAGUACAUGCAUGAGCCCAGUAAAGGCACCAGGGAGGCGGAGAUGAUUGAGGUUUUACGCAACCCUAAAGAGUGGAUCUGAGAGACCAACACACUGCCAGAAACACUAGCCUUACCCAGCUGCUCUGAGGGCCAGUCAGGGAGCUUCUUUAGGUGGAGGAGUUCACCAGAUCCGUCCAGGUCCCGCCUUUUUUUUUUUUUUUUUUUUACUGAAAUCUGAUUAAUUUGUGAUAAAUCAUGAGCUUUGCUUUAUAACCAAUGCUGCUGCUGCUUCUCUCUCUGCCACCGGGUGGCGCUCUCUGUCUGUCCUGCUGUCUGUUUUCCUCUCUGGACGUGAGUGUUACCUGGCGACUGGAGUGUUACUGCUGUUUCUGGUUUCCGGGGGCGACUGUUGGUGUGUAUAUACUGUGUAGACUUCUUUACAUUUAACAAAAAACAAACAAUUCUUUAUUCUAACUUAUAUUUUUUCAUUCAUUAUUCAUUGGAAGUGCUCAAUCAUCCAUUACUUGUGGAUAUAUAUUUAUAUAUAUAGAUAUAGAUAUAUAUACACACACAUACACAUACACACAGCUCUGGAAAAAAAAAUAAGAGAUCACUUCACUUUCUCUGAUUUUGCUAUUUAUAGGUUUAUGUUUGAGUAAAAUGAUUGCUGUUUUAUUCUUUAAACUACAGACAACAUUUCUCCCAAAUAUCAAAUAAAAAUAUUGUAAUUUAGAGCAUUUAUUUGCAGAAAAUGAGAAAUGGCUGAAAUAACAAAAAGAUGCAGAGCUUUUAGAUCUCAAAUAAUGCAAGUAAAUCAAUAUUAGGAGGAAUAAUCACAGUUUUCAUGCAUCCUGGCAUGUUCUCCUCCACCAGUCUUACACACUGCUUUUGGAUAACUUUAUGCUUUACACUCCUGGUGCAAAAAUUCAAGCAGUUCAGCUUGGUUUGAUGGCUUGUGAUUGAACU